UUCCACAUUUCCACGUCCGCUGAUGCACGCACAUGGCCAUCUCUCUUCACUGAGAACAGAUUGGACGUGGAAAGAAAAACAACAUGAGACCAAGCUGAAACUCCAUACUUGAUGUGAACAGACCCUAAUGUGGUUGAUGUUCCUCCAUCACAAUCCUGAUUCUUAACUUUUGGAGAGUAAAGUCCAUUCAAGUUCAUCAUGGGGGACAGUGGCUCCACCAGCUCCAUGCGUCUCAAGCAAGAGAUCUCGUUACUGCAUGGCGUUUGUCUCAUCGUUGGAAACAUGAUUGGUUCGGGCAUUUUCGUUUCCCCGAUUGGUGUUCUUGAAAAAACUGGAUCUUACGGUUUGUCACUUGUUGUUUGGGCAAUCGGAGGCAUCUUUUCUGUUUUUGGUGCUCUGUGCUAUGCAGAGCUCGGCACUACUAUUCGCAAGUCAGGAGCCAGUUAUGCCUACAUCCUAGAGACCUUUGGCGGUUUCUUGGCCUUUAUUCGUCUGUGGACAUCACUGAUGAUUGUGGAACCGGCCUGCCAGGCAGUCAUUGCUCUUACUUUUGCUAAUUAUUUGGUGAAACCGUUCUUCCCCACUUGCCCAGCACCAUAUGAUGCAGUACGGCUCAUUGCAGCUCUCAUUAUUGGUCUUCUGACUAUAGUGAACUGCAUGAAGGUGAAGUGGGGGGCCAUUCUUCAGGUCAUCUCUACUCUAGCUAAAGUUCUGGCUCUCAUAGUCAUUAUCAUCGCUGGAAUGGUUGUCCUAGCCCAAGGAAAAACAAACAAUUUUAUGGAUUCGUUUGAGAAUUCUAAACUGGACCCAGGCAACAUGUCUUUGGCUCUGUAUGCCGCUCUGUACUCUUACUCAGGCUGGGACACCCUGAACUUUGUCACGGAGGAGAUUAAGAACCCAGAGAGGAAUUUGCCGUUGUCAAUAGCAAUCUCCAUGCCCAUUGUCACAAUAAUCUACAUUCUAACUAACGUGGCCUAUUAUGCAGUGCUGGACAUGAAUACACUGUUACAGAGUGAAGCAGUGGCUGUGACGUUUGCUGACUAUGUGCUGGGAUAUGCAGGCUGGCUCAUCCCGCUGUCUGUGGCCAUCUCCUGUUAUGGAGGCUUAAACUCAUCUAUCAUCGCUGCCUCCAGGUUAUUCUUCGUAGGCUCUCGUGAGGGCCAUUUACCCAACGUUCUCUGCAUGAUACACGUCAAGCGCUACACUCCAAUCCCAGCCCUGCUGUUCAAUGGUGGCAUGUCGCUCAUAUUCCUCUGUGUAAGAGAUGUGUUUCAGCUGAUUAAUUACUUCAGCUUUAACUACUGGCUCUUCAUUGGCCUUUCCAUAGGGAGUCAGAUUUACCUGCGCUUUAAAGCACCUGACAUGCCUCGUCCUAUAAAGCUGAGUCUGUUCUUCCCCAUAGUGUACUGUCUGUGCAGUGUGUUUCUUGUGGUUGUGCCACUCUACAGCGACACAAUAAACUCUCUAGUGGGAAUCGCCGUCGCUCUCUCCGGGGCGCCAGUCUAUUAUAUAUGUGUGCAUCUCCCACCCAGCUCGAGACCUGCCUUUUUGGGACAGAUGCUUGAUAUGUUUUCAUUGCAAACACAGAAGCUUUGUUACUGCUGUGUAGCAGAACCUGGUUUGGACCUGGACAAUCCGCCUGAGGACCACAAAAAAGAAUAAACACCAGCUCUAAAGUAAGCUAAACCAGUGAUUUAGCCGGAUUAGCCAGCCUUUUCAUGAGAAUAAGCCAAAACUCAAGCUGGAAUAGCACGUCUGCACCUUCCAGGCUGAGCGUGCAGGGAAUGGAGCAAUGGAUGCAGACGGAGAUUAGGUUUGAAAUAUUCAACCGAGUAAACAACUGAUUACACAAACACACACCAACACAAACACCCUGUGCCUCUGAUUCCUCAGACCUGCGACUGUGUUUUGAUAAGUGUUCAGUCCAGUGUAAUAGAGCGUUCAGUUUCAACCUGUUGUGAAUGUGACGGUUAUGUGGUGUUUUCUCAGUCAAAGACUUGUAUGUAAUAGUUUAAUAAUAAUAGUCCUAUUUUAGCUUCUUGUGUUUAUCAGUCUUGCAUAUAUGAAACUCCUUACUUGAGAUGGUCUACUUUUGUUAGGUCUGCUAGCAGAAACAUCUGUAGAAGAUGCCUUUGCUGGAUUAUGAAUUAUGUUUACUGAGAUGAAGGAUUGUUGCUUUAGUACUCCAAACUUGAUAGCCAUAUCUUUUUUCUUAUUUUUUUUAAACACCUGUUUGGGAAAAUGACUUCCUACAGCUAUUGGAGAUUUCCUGGUACCAUCAAGCACUAAAAGUGUUUUUUUUUUUCUUUAUUUGGUAGAUGUGUCAGUUUUUAAAACUAGCCUUCAUUUUUAGUGCAUUAUAGUUUAUUUGGUCUUUUGGUUCUCAUUUAAAUUCCGUUAUAUGGUGGGUGUUUUUUUUCCCUCUCCCAAAAAAUAACAUUCAUUGGUUAUUGCAUUGAUUCUUUGAGCACUGUCAAAAUGUGCAGGUACUACAUUAGAAAUGUGUCGAGUUUACAGCACAAGGCCAGUAAUGGUGUAAAACAGCAGCUUUUGGGUUUACCGCAGUGGAUGAAGGGUUACUUAAUACCAAAAUAAAUAUUCUGUUAGUAUCAUUUACUCUCGCAAAGGAUUAAAAGGAUAUUUCACCUAAAAAUAACAAAAUUCUGCAUUUUACUGACACUUGACUUGUUCCAAAACUGUUUGAGUAUUUUUUUAUUUUUUUUUAAGUAUUAUUUGUUCUGUUGAACACCUAAAGAAGUUAUUUUGAAGAAUGUUGGAAACCUGUAACCAUUGAUGUCCAUAGUAUACUGUAAAAAAAUGUUGGUUUCCACACAAUUUGCGUUGUGUUUUUACAUUAGUUUUUACAAAUUUAAGUGGAUUAAACAAAACAAUUACGUUGUCCCUCCCAAAAAACUCAAUUAUGUUGUUUCAGCUUAAUUAUAUAAGUAGUUUGUUUUUGAGUGUAGGAAAAAAAAUGUAAGUCAGUGGUUACAGGUUUCCAAUAUUUUUCAAAUUAUCAUCUUUUGUGUUUUUGAAUCUUUAUUUGUUCUUCUUUUCGCUUCUAGUGGCUAAAAGCACAUGAGUUUGAUUAAAUAAUAUUAUUAUUUUAGUUUUUUUGGGUGAACUAUUCCUUUAAGUGUCAACUGUUUGUCAACUUAUCUUGACAAACUACAUAUAAUAUGCAUUUAUCAUGUAUUGUUUUCACAAGUGUGAAUUCAAAAAGUGGGGUGAAAGACGCAGAAGACUUUUGUUCAUCUUCAGAAUACAAAGGAAAAUGCUGAACAAUAUCGGAGAGAUCCAUAAAAAGUCCAAAACAUUUGUAUAUGGAAUAAAACAAUAAGUCUAUAUGACUCUGAGUGGUAUCCAAGUCUUCCAAAGAGAUAUGACCGCUUUAUAUGACCACAGAUUUUAUUUAGGUUUUUAUCCACACACAAACUCUGAUAAGCAAAGCUCAGUCAU